CGCGCGGCGCGGCCGGAAGUGACGCGAGACUCGCGCGCUGCUGCUCCCAGACCCCGGCGGCGAGGGUGGUUUUUUUUAACUCAAAUGGGUGAUGAAAAGGAUUCUUGGAAAGUGAAGACUUUAGAUGAGAUUCUCCAGGAGAAGAAACGAAGGAAGGAGCAAGAGGAGAAGGCAGAGAUCAAACGUAUGAAAAAUUCAGAUGACAGGGAUUCCAAGAGGGAUUCUCUUGAGGAGGGGGAGCUGAGAGACCAUCGCAUGGAAAUCACCAUCAGGAAUUCACCUUACAGGAGGGAAGACUCCAUGGAAGACAGGGGAGAAGAAGAUGAUUCCUUGGCUAUCAAACCACCCCAGCAAAUGUCCCGGAAAGAAAAAACCCAUCACAGGAAAGAUGAGAAGAGGAAAGAAAAACGCAGGCACAGGAGUCACUCUGCAGAAGGGAAGCAUGCCAGAGUGAAAGAGAAAGAACGGGAGCAUGAGCGUAGGAAGAGACAUAGAGAAGAGCAGGAUAAAGCCCGGCGUGAAUGGGAGAGACAGAAACGGAGAGAGAUGGCAAGGGAGCAUUCCAGGAGGGAGAGAGAUCGUCUGGAGCAACUGGAGAGAGAAAGGGAAAGAAAAAUCCGGGAGCAGCAGAAGGAACAGAGGGAGCAAAAGGAGCGAGAGAGGAGAGCUGAGGAGAGGAGGAAGGAGAGGGAAGCCAGGAGAGAAGUUUCUGCACACCAUAGAACAGUGAGGGAAGAAUAUGGAGACAAAGUAAAAAUGAGACCCUGGAGUCGCAGCCCUUUGCGCCAGCAGAGAGACAAGCUUGAGCAAGGAGAGAGCAGGAAACCAGCAGUAAAAGAAGAGAAACCAGAAGAGAGGGAUCCUCUGUCAGACUUGCAAGACAUCAGCGACAGUGAGAGAAAAACCAGCUCAGCAGAGUCUUCCUCAGAAUCUGGAUCAGGCUCAGAAGAGGAGGAGGAAGAGUCCAGCAGUGAAGGCUCUGAGGAAGAGGGAGAGGAAGAGGAGGAGGAGGAGGAGGAGACAGGGAGCAAUUCUGAGGAAGUGUCUGAGCAAUCAGCAGAGGAGGUGAGCGAAGAGGAAAUGAGUGAAGAGGAGGAACGGGAGAAUGGAAACCACAUCCCAGUUGUUCCAGAGUCGAGGUUUGACCGGGAUUCUGCAGGGAGUGAGGUGGAGGAGGAGGAGGUCGGGGAGGGAUCCCCUCAUUCCAAUGCCAUGACAGAAGGGGAAUACAUUCCUGAUUCUCCAGCUUCCUCCCCCAUUGAGCUGAAACAGGAGCUUCCCAAGUAUCUUCCUGCCCUCCAGGGAUGUCGCAGCGUGGAGGAAUUCCAGUGUUUGAACAGGAUUGAAGAAGGAACCUAUGGCGUGGUGUACAGGGCAAAGGACAAAAAGACUGAUGAAAUAGUGGCUCUGAAGCGACUGAAAAUGGAAAAGGAGAAGGAAGGUUUUCCCAUUACUUCUCUGAGAGAAAUAAAUACAAUUCUGAAAGCGCAGCACCUGAAUAUUGUCACUGUCAGAGAGAUCGUUGUGGGCAGUAACAUGGAUAAAAUCUAUAUUGUGAUGAACUAUGUGGAGCACGACCUCAAGAGCCUGAUGGAAACAAUGAAACAGCCUUUCCUGCCAGGGGAAGUGAAGACUUUAAUGAUUCAGUUACUACGAGGGGUCAAACACCUUCACGACAACUGGAUUCUUCACAGAGACUUGAAAACUUCCAACCUGCUGCUCAGUCAUUCAGGCAUUUUAAAAGUUGGAGAUUUUGGAUUAGCCAGGGAAUAUGGGUCUCCCCUGAAGCCCUACACCCCUGUGGUUGUGACCCUGUGGUACAGAGCUCCAGAGCUGUUGCUUGGAGCAAAGGAAUAUUCCACAGCCAUAGACAUGUGGUCAGUGGGGUGUAUUUUUGGGGAGCUGCUGACGCAGAAGCCACUGUUUCCAGGGAAGUCAGAAAUCGACCAGAUUAACAAAGUUUUUAAGGAUCUGGGUACUCCCAGUGAAAAGAUCUGGCCUGGUUACAACGAGCUGCCAGCAGUGAAGAAAAUGACCUUCACAGAAUAUCCCUACAACAACCUGCGCAAGAGAUUCGGGGCUCUGCUCUCUGACCAGGGCUUUGACCUGAUGAACAACUUCCUGACGUACUACCCGGCGCGGCGGAUCACGGCGGAGGACGGGCUGAAGCACGAGUACUUCCGAGAGACCCCCCUGCCCAUCGACCCCUCCAUGUUCCCCACCUGGCCAGCCAAGAGUGAGCAGCAGAGGGUCAAGAGGGGCACCAGCCCCCGGCCCCCCGAGGGAGGGCUNNGGUUUUCACAGGGUGAUGAUGACCUGAAGGACACAGGUUUCCAUCUGACCACCACAAAUCAAGGAGCAUCUGCUGCGGGACCUGGCUUCAGUCUCAAGUUUUGAACUCAACAUGAAAAAGGAAGGAAAAAAAAGCCCAAAAAGCACCAUUCAUGUGAGUGGAUUUGAGUGCCCCAGUUCUGUUCUCUGUCAGGGGCACCAGAUGUUUUUCCCUGUGAAAAAAACUCAAAUAUUAUCACAGAUUCCAAGGCUCUUGUUUUAUAAAUCAAUGUGGAGUUUAUCUGCUGCAUUCCAUUAGAGGACUGGAGUUACCUGAAAACCCCAGGAUCAUCACAAACUGUGACAAAGGACAACUUGAAAUAACAGUCCUGGAACAGUUUCUGGUUUGUUUUUAGGGGUGUUUUUUUGUUGAGUUUGUUUUGUUUUGUUUUCCUUGUAAAUUUGUAGAAUUAAAAUACAAUUUCAAUUGUUUAAUAGUGUGAAGGAUUUCAUUGCUUCACAUGCAGCCAAGUGGGAUGUUGGUGACAGUAAAGAGAGUUUAUUUUUUAUUUAAAGUAAGCAAAUUGUUUGUGUCUGAAUAUAUUUAGGGCAAAAAGAAAAAUGACAAUUCUGAGAUUUGUAUCCUGUUACCUUAGAGAGAGCUGGGCUGGGUUUGAUACUCCCUGACCAGAUUUUUUUUUUUUCUUUUUUUGUUCUGUAAAUGUAUUUACAGUGGUGCAAAAUUACUCUGUUGUUUUAUAAAUCAAAAAGAUUUAAUAUGGAGACUUGAAACUUUAUUUCUUGUGAAAGUUUUUUUUUUUUUAAAUAUAUGCCCUUUUUCCAUCCAGAGAAGAAUUCAGCUUUAGUGGUUGUGCAAGGCCACAUUCCAGUCCUUUCUGGGGAAAGAGGAGAGGAGGAAUCAUGUUGGAAUCUCAUCCUCUGGACCUCCUGAUUUGUGAAGCUGUCACUUUGUUUUGGGAACAGGGAGAUCUGGAAACCACCACAUUUUCCUGCAACCACAGCUGGGCACCAGGCCAGUAAGGGAUUAACUCCAAUCCUAAACAUUUUAUCAGUUUCAGUCCGUUUUGGAGAGUUUUCCCGGGGAAAGGCUGGAAUGUGGAUGUGCUGCAUUGUGGUGAGUUGGGAAAGCUGUCUGGUUGUUUUCCUGUGCAGGAAGACAAAACUCCCUGUUCCCCUCAGGCCUGAAGGAGAAACAGCUGAACAUUCCUGGUUCCAGAAGCUUCCCCAGGAGCCCAGUGAAAAGCAGGAGUGCAGGGAAGCUGUGCAGGAUUGAAGCAUGACCCCACUGCACAGUUUGGCUGUGACAUGGAAUUGUUCCCUUCCCAGCUUUGCCAGCCUCUCCUGAGCUCCUCUCCAGCUGGAUGUGGCACUUUCACCUCAUCCUGGGGGAGGAAAUCACCUCAUCUCCCACAGGACCCAAGGCUCAGACCCCUCAAGGACCAGACUGAGAGCUCAGACCUCUUAAUUAACAAACUGAGAGCUCAGACCCCUUAAUUACCAAACUGAGCAAUGCAGAUCCCUUAAUUACCAAACUGAGCAGCUCAGACCCCUCAAGGACCAAACUGAGCAGCUCAGACCCUUCAAGGACCAAACCCUGGGCAGCUCAGACCCCUCAAGGAACCAACUUUGAGCAGCUCAGACUCCUCAAGGACCAGCUCUGAGCAAUAAAUUCCUCUUGGGAUAAGAAGAAAACUCUCAAACCACAGGAAACCGCUUGAGGGGAAGAUCUGUUCUGUGGCUCCUUGAACUGAACAUGUUGGAAUGGACAAUGAGGAGCAAAACAGGAUUUGUGUGAUCCUCAUCUUCCUGACAAGUGAAAGAAAAGCAAUGUUAAGGCUUAGCAUUGUCGUUUCUUCUAUUUGCAGUGCAGCAGGAUGUAAAAAAUAGCAGGAAAACACUCAGGGAGUGUUGGACUUGUUCUCUUCCUGCCAUCCCACUGUCCCAGGGGCUGGGGCAGAGUCUGCUCCUGGUUUGCAGCAGUGCCCCACACAGCUCCAUCUGACACUUUUCUUACAAAAAAAAAAAGGUUUUUAAUUCUCUGUACAGCAAAUAGUUGAUAAAUUCUUUAUCUUUAAAACAAAUCUGGAAGAGUUUGACAUUCCAGUAACCAGUCCCAGAAUCUCUUUUGCCCAAGGUACCGAAGCAGCUGCUGGAGAAUUCAGUUGCACUACUGGAAAUUAAAUCUAAAAUGCCAAAGAAAAAACUGGAAACAGAAGGAGCAGGAACUGAAUCCAGGGCUGGGUCAGUGCUUCAGUCUGAUUCUCCAGGAGUAAGUAGUCAGGAUCCUUUCUUUUUUCUUCACUAUGCAAGUGUAAGUUCCUUCAUUAAUUGCAUUUGCAAUGAUGCUCAUGUGGUCUUCAUUUAGGGCUAAAUAACCUGGAUAGGAAUAUUCCAGAAGUUCCUUAUCUUUAUACCAGCUGUCAGAAGAAAAAGAGUGCAAGUUAAACUCAAUAUUAGUUAUUUCAACUAAUAAAUUUUGCUGAAUAAGUGUAGAGCACAGACUUUACCAAAA